AUGUCGUCGUCAUCGUCAUCAUCAUCAUCAUCACAAGAUAAAGUUGUACAUAAUAAAGAUAAAAACUUUUCACUUACUCUAGAGAAUGGUGGUAUUUGUCUUAUUCUAUUCUAUGAAUACGAUAUAGAUGUUGCACAUUUAGACUAUAAGAGACAGGAGAAUGAAUUUGAUUUCUAUCAUACAUUCGUACCUACUUCAGGUCGUGGUAAAGGUAUUGCAGAGAUUCUAGCAGGUUCAGCAAUGAACUUUAUUAAAGAUACUGAUUCGCGUGUCAUCCUAUCAUGUUCAUAUCUCUCAGAUAGAUGGUUACCAAAGAACCCUGCUUUUACAAGAUACGUCAUAAAAGCAUUCACAAAAAGAUGA